AUGUUAUUAAAAACUGUCUUGACAAGCGGACUCUCAGUCAUCCUGUGCUUCUUCAGCCUGGGUGCUGAGGCUGCCUCCACCACCCCAGAAAAAUCACCAUCUUCAAACAAAGAUAAAUGUGCAGACCCCAAGCUCACUGCGCGAUACGUGACCAUGUGGGAUGCAGGUCGCACCACCCACAAUGUCGACCAGCGCUGGCUCUUUGUCAACAACGAUGUACCAGCCAGUGCUGCAGAGUGGACCUUCCAGGGAGACAAUUUCUGCGCGUGGGCGACCCCACAAAACUCCACUGUCCCGUACGUCCUCUCGGCAGACGGCUCUGUCCCCGCGCCGAGUGGACUUGCGAACAACGGUAUUAGGGCAUAUAUGUAUGCCAAGGAGAGGAAGGAGUGUGGAACUGUUCCAUUGUACGAGCUUUCCAAGCCAAGCGUUGGCGACCACUGGUACACGAUCUUUGAGAGGGAGAGGGAUGCUAUGCUCGCAGUGGGAUCUGGGUGGGUUGAUGAAGGCAUCUUUGCUCACGUACUUCCAUUGAAACAAAUCAGCGUGGCUGCUCGCGUGCGUGCGUUUUUGCGUGUGCCUGCGUGA